AUGGUCAGAACGAAAAGUAUCUCUGAACGGGAGAAAACAGCAAAACUGAUCGCGAAGACUCGCGCGUCGAUUCGUAAGAAACACCGAGCAUUGAAGACUGGCACAAUGGAGAAUGAGAUCAUUCUGGAGAAACAAUUAAAACUUAUUAUCGAACCGUUGAAACAAAUUGCUGGAAACACUGAACGUGGAGGUAAACCAUUUGACACUAAGUUUACGGAGAGUAAGCAAAAGAAUAAACGUGAGUACAACGAUGAUGAGGAUAAUGAUGACGACGAUGAUGACGACGAUAAUGAUGAUGAUGCGAUUCCAACACAAAUUACUCCCCAACAAUCACAACAACAACAACAACAACAACAACAACAACAGAUAACUCCAUUUAACUUACGGGAUGAAGAAGUUUUUAAAACCGAUGAUGAUCCGUCAUCGCUCGAAACGUCUGUCAGUGAUGCAAGAAACGAAAUCGAUCUUGUCUACGGUGUUUAUUUUGAUGAAAACGGUAUGAUGUUAGGUAGUAAAAAAUUUGACGUAGAUACGGACGACACUAUAAUCAUAGACGGAGUGAGGUAUAAAGGUACACGAGGUCUAUACGAGCUGAUCUUCAAGAAGAUUCCAAACGACGCUAUCUACACAGAGAAUGAUAAACAAACAUACAAACAUAUAUUAAUGAUGACGAAUGUUCAUAGACGUGACAAUGACGCCUAUUAA